AAUUGUGGGUUUUUUUUUCAAAAAAAAAAAAAAAAAGAAAAAAAAAAGGAGUAAGAAAGAGCAAAGUUCACCAAACUCCCCUCAUCUUCAGAUUUCUUGCUUUAGGCAUUACUUACUGGCUACCGCUAAUUCGGUGUUUUGAUUACCUUGUGAGAGAGGUGUGGGAGAGGAACAAAUCUGUUUGUAAUUUUGGAUCUGUUUCCUGUGAAACCCUAAUUUUCUGCAUAAGUGAAGCUUCCUUACUCAAUGGAAACUGGGGAUGGAAAUAGCAAUGCCGAUAGCCCUGAACGUACGGCAGGGAUGGAGGGGUGCUUGUAUUCCGAAGCUGUAAAUAAUGGAGUGGUAAUUGUUGAUGGAAGUGGUGCUGAUGAGAGCAAAGAAAUUAGGCAUUCGAAGAAGGAAGCUGUAAAUACCAGAGUGUCAACUGCAGAUGGGGGUUUUCGGACAUACAAGAGGCGCAAACAUGUAAAGAUGAGUUGUUCAGAAAGCAAAGCUCAGGAAGAAAGCAGAGUGUGUGCGGAAGCCGCAAGUCACUUUUCAGAACAGGCUGUGAAGAAACCAUAUGGCAAUGAUAACAGUGGCACAAAGUGGUGCAUAAAGGAAGCACUCAUGAGUAAUCCAAAAUCCAUUACCGACAUGGAAACUUCUAAAAUUGACAAAGAUGGCCAAGAAUGCUCUUCACACUUCGACUGUUCCUCUCAUAGGUUACAGUUUGAAGCUAAUGGGCAUGCAUAUGUCAUGCAUGGUGGAUGUUCAAGUGAAUCAGAUGGCAAUGGUCUUACUAAGAAGUGUCAGCGUGUGUUCCAUAAUAUCUUAGCCUCUGAAAAAUUCAGUUCAUUAUGUAAGGUGCUCCUAGAAAAUUUUCACGGAAUGAAACCUGAAAGUGUAUUUGACUUUAGUGUCAUAAAUUCAAGGAUGACAGAAGAAGCUUAUGAACAAUCACCCACACUUUUCUUGUCAGAUUUUCAACAGGUUUGGAGAAAGCUUGAAAACACUGCAAAUGAGAUUGUUGCUAUAGCAAAGAGUCUUUCCAACUUGUCAAGAGCGUAUUACUUUGAGCAUUUCCAUAACUAUGCAUUGGACAAUGUUAUGAGACCACAGCAGACAGAAGUUUGUGCUACAGAUAAAGUCUGCAGUUGCAGGCAUUGUGGAGGCAAGGCAGAUGGGACAGACUCCUUGAUUUGUGAUUCAUGUGAGGAGAUGUACCAUGUAUCUUGUAUUGUGCCGGCUUUGAAGGAAUUACCUGAAAAAAGCUGGUUCUGUGCCAAUUGUACUGCUAUUGAAAUAAGAUCUCCACAUGAUAAUUGUGUGGUGUGUGGAAGGUUGAAUGCCCCAAAGUCCUUGAACAACAUUGUUGGUGAUGAGAGCAUUCCUACAAAUGAUGAAACACACAAUGAAUUGGAGGAAAAUUCAAAUUGUACAUAUGAUGGGAUCGAGGUGUCCAUAGGGAGAAGAAACUUGCCUGAUUGCAAAAUUUGUAGGGAGGAAGUAGAUGGAGAAGAUGUACGGAUAUGCGGUCACAAUUCAUGCCCUAGUAAAUACUAUCAUGUAAGGUGUUUGUCCACUAAGCAGGUCCAGUCAUAUGCUCACUGUUGGUACUGCCCUUCUUGUUUAUGUCGAGUUUGCCUCGUCGAUCGAGAUGAUCACAAGAUUGUUCUCUGUGAUGGUUGCGACCAUGGAUACCACAUCGAUUGCAUGGAGCCUAAACGGACUACCAUUCCAAAAGGCAACUGGUUCUGCAGAAAAUGCGAUGCAGGGAUCCAAGCAAUACGCCGGGCUAAAAAGACAUAUGAGAAUUUCAAUUUUAGAACUGGCGAAGAUGUUUCAAAACCUAAGUAUAAGCUUGGCAAGAGAUGGAAACAAGGACGAGAAUUGGAGAAAGAUGGAGGAAUGGACAUGCUUUUAACAGCAGCCAACACACUUAAAUUUGAAGAGAACUUAGCUAGUAGCUAGAUUGGUUAAUAAAAAGCAUGAAUUCCUUGACGGCAUAUGCAUUAACUGGUAAAACCCGAUUACUUAGCAUUUUGUGCAUUAUUUUGAUUAUUGACUGAUUUUGUUAGGCUGUAGAACUGCCACAUUUAGCUGACUUUUGGGUACAAAAUCAUUUGAAACAUAGGACUAUAGAGGCCGAAAGGAUAAACCACCAAAAAACUGUAUGCAAGAGUAAGUUGGUCAUAACAAUUAUGUAGUACAUAUGGGUGAUAUGAAACUUGAUUGUCUCCUUUGCUACUUGUGAAUUGUAAGAUAUUGAGUGGCUCAACUUAUGACAAUUACGACUUGUUUUGUGUUC